AUGCCACUGAGUCAACCUCACUUCUCUGGGGCACUCCUGGUGCUGGUGGUCUCAAACUUGUUGCUGUGGGAAAAAGUUGCAUCAAUUCCUGCAUGUAUGGCAGAAGAGGGUGGCUGCUGGAACCCCCUUGUGGAAACAUUUAACAGUGCCAUCCAGAGAGCUGAAACUGUCCACAAUCUUGCUGACCAAUUAUACGUAGAACUUCACUACAACAAAUUCUCAUCUGGACAAUUUGCAUCUUUUAGUUCACAACUGAUUAGGGAGGACGAGACUGUUGUGAGAGCUGGAACUCACUGUCAUUCACAUAAAACCCCAAAUAGGGGAACUGAACACGUAACUAUUGAAAUAGUACCAUUUUUAAAAACUUUGAUCAAGUUUGUGGGUUCCUGGAUCAGCCCUCUCUACCAUCUAGUGCUUGAACUGAGUGCCAUGCAAGAUGUCCCUGAAACUAUACUCUCAAAAGUCAAGGAGAUUGAAGAGAACAACAGACAAAUCCUGGAUGACCUUAGGUGGAUUCUAACCAAGGUGUCUCCUACAGCAGAGAUGGAGGAAAAUUUUCCUACCUGGGAGUAUCUUUCGUUCUUAAAAUCAAGUAGCAAAAAUAAUAAAUUUUUGGCAAUGUUUAACCUUUCCUACUGCCUACAAUAUGAUACAAAGUACAUUCUACUUCAGAUUAAAAUAUUGAAGUGUUUCACAACUGGGAAAGACUGCUAA